AUGUCGUUCGUCAGUGGUACCACGGAUACCGAGGCGGCACAAAAGUUUCUCGAAGUGCUGCAGAACGAUUUUCGUAAUCUAUCGCUCGAGACGAAGAAAAAGUUUCCACAGAUCAAAGAGUCCUGCGAGGAAGCGAUCCUGAAAUUGAAAUCGGCAGGUGCAAAUCCACAAACACCUGUCUACUAUGUGGUCAACCAGAUUCUUUACCCACUGGUACAGGGAUGCGAGUCGAAGGAUUUGAAAAUAAUCAAAUUUUGCCUCGGCAUGAUGCAGCGGCUCAUCACACAACAGGUGGUGGAUCAGAAGGGUGCGCGCUACAUCACCGACACCCUCUGGAUGCUGAUGGAGAACGGUACGGAAGAGGUGAAGGUACUGCAGAGUGUCACGCUACUGCUCACCACAAACACGGUCGUGCACGGGGAGACGCUAGCAAAAACGCUGGUUCUAUGCUUUCGGCUACACUUCACGAAAGACUCGACCACGAUCAAUACGGCCGGUGCGACCGUCCGGCAGCUAGUUUCGCUUGUGUUUGAGCGCGUUGUCGCCGAGGAAGCGGAAGCGGACGCUAAUCAGGACGAACGGCGUGAGGUGAAUCUGGAGGAGUUGAAACUAGCGACGGGGGUCGCACCGAAAGGUUUGCUACCGUGCGCGGCCGAUGCAUUUUUACUGUUCCAGGAUCUGGUACAGCUAGUCAACGCUGACCAACCCUACUGGCUGCUCGGCAUGACGGAGAUGACCCGCACAUUCGGACUGGAAUUGCUCGAGUCCGUUCUCACGCAGUAUACAUCGGUGUUUUACAGGAAUCCCGAAUUUAGCUUUCUGCUGAAAGAGCGCGUCUGUGCGCUGGUGAUAAAACUCUUUUCGCCCAACAUAAAAUAUCGCACCAUCGCCCCGCAGGCCGGUGUAGGCGGUGCAGGAGUACAACCGGGCGGUGGUGCACCACACGACAAACCGUACUUCCCCAUCAGUAUGCGGCUGUUGCGUGUGGUUUCGAUACUGAUCCAAAAGUAUCACAGUCUGCUGGUGACGGAGUGUGAAAUCUUCCUAUCGCUCAUCGUAAAGUUCCUGGACCCGGACAAGCCGGCAUGGCAGAGAUCACUCGCGCUGGAAGUGCUGCACAAGAUGACCAUUCAGCCGGAACUGCUCAUCUCAUUCUGUCGGUGUUACGAUCUCAAGGAUCACGCGACGAACAUCUUCCAGGACAUUAUCAAUUCGCUCGGGACAUACGUGCAGAGUUUGUUCAUCAAUCCGCAACUGCUCAGCGCGUCGCUUGGAACCAGCGGUGUCGGAGGAGGUAGUGGUGGUGGUGGGAGUGGAGGUGGUGGAAGUGGUAGUGGUAUCGGAGGAACCUCUGGACAGCAGUCGCAGCUGAUGGGCGGUAUGCCCGUAGGGCCGGGAAUCUCUCCUCAGCCCGGUUUCAUUUUUCGCGGUGUGUUCCUCCCGCUCGUGGUCACAUUUCCGAGCGGGCAAUCAAAGUCUACCUUUCUGGAGAUGCUGGACAAGAUGGAACCACCGCCCAUCCCGGAUGGGUAUGGGAUAUCGGUGGCGUACGCCUGCCUGCUCGACAUUGUACGCUCGAUUUCGCUCUCGAUACAGGGUCCAUCCCAGCUUGGUGAGGAAACUCCGGCACCCUAUCUGCAGCGGGUCAGCGAAGCGGACAAGGCACUGCACAUUCAGCUGAUACACUCAAGCUGGCUGGGAUUACUGACGGCGCUGGGUCCACUGAUUGAUGCCGCGACGGAUGAAUCCUCCACAGAGAGCGUGCUGAAGGCAAUCCAAAACUUUGCGGCGUUGUGCGGUCUGCUGGAACUGCACACGCCUCGGGAUGCCUUCAUUACGGCGCUUUGCCGUGCCUCCCUGCCACCGCAUUACGCGUUGUCGGUGCUGAACGUGAACUAUCAGGGUAACGCGUUCAAAUCCCACAUGCGCCUGGGAAGCCAGGACAUGACGGCGGCGGGCAUUGGCUAUCACGGAGGUACCUACGCGGACAUCGAUCAGCAGCAGCAGCAACGGCACCCAGUGGUGGCCGUUGGUACGCCGCUCCCAACGUCCUCACUUCCCGUCGGUGCCCACCAGGGACCGGUGUUGUUGACCGCUAAAAAUCUGCAGUGCAUGCGCUCGGUACUGCAUCUGGCCCACUGUCACGGUAGCAUACUGGGCAGCUCGUGGCACAUUGUGCUCACCACCUUGCAGCAUUUAGCUUGGAUCCUGGGGCUGAAGCCCUCGACCGGUGGAAGUCUGCAGGCCGUUCAGAAGCCUCCGACCGAUGCGAACUCCAUCACCCAAGUCAUGACCGACCUGCCGGUUCUGUCGACGAUGCUGAGUCAGUUGUUCGAAUCCAGUCAGUAUUUGGACGACGUGGCACUGCACCAUCUCAUUGACGCACUGUGCAAGUUGUCGCACGAAGCGAUGGAACUGGCGUACAAUAACCGCGAGCCGUCACUUUUCGCAGUGGCAAAGCUGCUGGAGACGGGCCUCGUCAAUCUGUCCCGUAUCGAGGUGCUGUGGCGCCCACUAACAAACCACCUGCUGGAAAUCUGUCACCAUCCGCACAUUCGUAUGCGAGAGUGGGGCGUAGAAGCGAUUACGUAUCUGGUUAAGGCCGCCCUGCAGUACAAAUACGAAAGACCCUUGAAGGAGAAUCUUAAGCUGCAAACGUUACUGCUGGGACCGCUGUCGGAACUGUCGUCGGUCCCGCACGGUGACGUACGGCAACGUCAGCUGGACUGUGUGUUGCUCGUUCUGAAUGGGGCGGGUGAAACAUUAUCGCAUGGUUGGCCGCUAGUGCUCGGUAUUAUCGGUGCCGUCAGCGAUCAUCACGGUGAAACGUUGAUCCGUAUCGCUUUCCAGUGUUUGCAGUUAGUUGUUACAGAUUUUCUACCCGUCAUGCCGUGGCGUUGUCUCCCGUUGUGCGUCAACACAGCGGCAAAGUUUGGUUCACAAACUCAGGAGCUGAACAUUUCACUGACCGCCGUUGGGUUGAUGUGGAAUAUUUCAGAUUACUUCAAUCAAAAUCAGGAGAAACUGUCGCAAACCGUUUGCGACGAUAUGUCGGUGCUACCGGACUUCCCGGGUACGUUAAACAUGCCCCACUUCGACCGCUUGUGGAUGUGUUUGUACGCCCGGCUGGGUGAUCUGUGCGUGGAUCCGCGUCCAGCCGUAAGGAAAUCGGCGGGCCAAACUCUUUUUUCGACCAUUUCGGCACAUGGCGCUCUGCUGAAUCCACCGACCUGGCAGGCCGUCCUGUGGCAGGUGCUGUUUCCGCUGCUGGAUAAGGUGCGGGCUCUGUCCAGCUGUGCCAGCAACGAGAAGGUCGACACCAGUGGAAACAUUCUUAUUCAUCAUUCGCGUAACACGGCCCAAAAGCAAUGGGCCGAAACUCAGGUCCUCACACUGUCCGGUGUGUCGAGGGUAUUCAACACAAAGCGUGCACUGCUGCAGAUGUUGGGUGAUUUUCCCCGCGCUUGGGCACUGCUGUUGGAAUUUAUUGAAAACUCUGCGCUCAGUAAAAGCAACGAAGUGUCACUAGCGGCGCUAAAAUCGUUCCAAGAAAUCCUCUAUAACCGUCCCGCAGUACCUGCUGCAGGUGGAGCGACAUCCGGUUCGACGGGUGGUGGUGCCGGAGAUGAAGCUGGUGCGGUACGAACGUCAUCCGCAUCCGCUGAAGCGGACAUUUGGAACGUUGCGUGGCGUGUUUGGUUAAAUAUUGGUGCCGAAAGUACUAAACCUCCAUCUCUCGGUGACCUCUCCGAGAAGGGUGCCGGUGUAGGUGGUAAUAACGGCAGUGGCACUGAAGAUCUAUAUAUCCCAAGCCAAGCCUUCUUGACCGCCCUGGUACACAUCUUUCCUGCACUGUUUCAGCACAUACGAGCGCGUUUCAAUAGUAAAGAUCUGACGCAACUCUGUGCAGUGUUGAUGAACGCUGUGGCCGUUCCAGUACACAGCGAUUCCACGCCUUACAUUAUGUCCACUAUAUCGGAUUCGUUGUUGACACCCUUGCACGACGGAGUGCUCGACUGCAUGGAGUUGCUUCAGAAGGAAGCCAUCCACGGUGGUGGCGGUGGGAGCGGAAUAAAAAAUAUGAUAUCGGCCAUUUUUAAGCAAUUGUUAAGUUUCAGUAAAUUUGCCUGUGCUCCACCGAGCUUUGACCGCGUUGAAACACGACCUCUAAAAACGUCGAGAAGUGGGAGCGGUGGCACGGGCACAAACACUGGAAACAGUAACACCGGCGGUCUCAUUCACCCCGUAUCAUCCACAACCAAUGCGAACGGUGUCGAAUGGGUCAGCAUGAAUUACAUUCCGUUCGGUGAGAAAGCACUCACCGUUGCAGUAAAGCUUUACCAACAGACAGCCAACGAUGUGGCGGUGAUUGAGGGACAAAUACUGCACGAAAUUAUCAAAGCGCUCCAUCUGCCACUGUCGCUGAAAUAUAAGUGCAUGUCCUCGAGCACAUGGAAGUUGGCUAUUUCGAGCCUAAUCAGUGUGCUGCAUACCGGGUUACCAGUGGCACGGAAACACCCGAAACAGUUCGCCUCUAUGUGGAAAGACUUGGCGGAUACAUUGGAUCAGUUUUUGUUUACAAAAAGCAUUUGCAUCGUCGAGGAUCGCGGGCUCGAUGAACUUAUCUUGGAUGAAACAAUCGAUUGUCAGGUGAUUGAGCUGAUACGCGAUGAAAUUCUCCCAUACAGCCAAGAGAUUCCGCAACAGUUCAUCUUGGACGCGGUGGUAAUCUUGAACAAGGGUUCUAUCCAUUCGGCAACAACCGGCAGCACACCGUUUGCCGGGUGUGAAACAGAGCUUAAACUACGCGAAGAGUUUGCAAAGACGUGCUUUGAGACGUUGCUUCAGUUUUCGCUGCUGGAAGAUCGUGUCGGUACAGUGGCUGCCGGUGCAGUCGACGAAAAGGAUACUAAUCAGGUGAACAAUAACUCCACCAUAUGCGACGGCCAGGGCAGUAAAACGUCCGAGGGAGGUAUCGCGGGACAGUUAGCAAUAACGGCAUUGCUGCACCGGUUUGAGGAAGUUCUUAGAAAGUUCAACGAAGACGAACGGUUGAGUGGUAAAUUUCCCUUACCGAGGUAUCGUUUAUCGGAAAUUUCGUUCGUGUUAAAAGCCGUCGCUACUCUUGUGAUAUCCAUGAAAAAAGCGCCCCCAGCUAAAGUUGGUACAACCGCCUGGGAGCAACUGAUAAGUCUAUAUCCCUAUCUGGUCGAUUGUACAACUACCAGCUCAGCCGAGGUAUCCCGUUCCCUGCGUGAGGCGUUGCUGCAAUACUGUGAUUUGCUGCGACCACCCUCGUGCGUGUCCACCGGUGCUGCAGAUGCAAAUGGUCACACUGGAUCAGGACAUAGCAACGCCCUGACGACGACCAAUAACAAUGAGAUUGUGAACACAAACGGUAUCAGCCACUGUUAG